AUGCAAUCGUUGGUACAGAGAGUGAUGCGUUCUUCGCUCAACGAUGGCUCGUCUGCCUCCCUUCGGAGGCCGACCAGCUCUGCUGCCGACGGACAGCACAUCUUCAACCGCCAAGCUUCGGGCACUAGCACGGUUCCGCCGUCAGCUGAAGCCGCGCACCAUGAGACCAACAGGCAGCGGAUCGAAACGCGACUAAAGCGUGAGGGCGAAGCGACGCCCUCCCCCCAUGAAGCCGAGGCAAGAUUGGUCCGCAUUAAGAACCACGAGAAUCACGCUCUGGCCAACUCGAAGCCUGCUUCGACCGCCGGAAUCUUCAAGCACAUUUCAUCGACCGAUCUGCUUUUCCUUAUAGACACGACUCGAUCCAUGCAGCCAUACAUUAGUGCAGCAAAAGACCAGGUCAUCAGCAUCAUGAAGGAUAUCAAAAGUGCCUUCUUCAACAAGGCUGAUGUUCGAAUGGCCGUGGUGGGUUACAAGGACCAUGGCGACAGGAAUCCUAUUCAGACCAUCGAUUUCACUUCGGAUGUCAAACGGGUCAGCUCAUUUCUGGACACACUUGUCGCGCAAGGCGGAGGGGACUACCCCGAGGACGUUUUGGGUGGCCUGCAGCAGGCCCUGGUCGCAUCCUGGAAGCAUCCGACCAGAUGCAUUAUUCACAUCUGCGAUGCGCCGGCCCACGGGCGCAACCUUCAUGAUCUGGAUGAUGGAGAUGACGACUACAUCAAGCCUGGCAGCGAGCCUCAUGGUCUCACCCAUGUCCCAAUGUUGAAGCUAUUGAUCGACCAGAAUGUCCACUAUUCGCUUCUCCGCAUCAACGGUUCUACCGAUCGGAUGGCUUACGAGUUCUCUCAGGUCUACGCAGAAGCUUCUGCGGAUUGGACCGCGCCGGGCGGACGGGCUAAAAACAAGUUCAACUUCGAAGAGCAUAACCUGGGUACAUCGUAUGGCGCACUGAGACAUCUCGCAGUCAAGAUUGUGACCACAUCCGCCACACGAUCUGCUACCCUCUCCGUCUCUGUUGCAGGCAAUGGGAAAGACCAUCAUCGUGGUAAUCACUUCAGCCCUCUCUUCAUGGUCGAAGAGUGCGACGAACCCGAUGUCGCUCUGGAAACUACUGCCCCUCAAUGGGAUACCCCCGGCUGGCUGGACGAGAUCAUCGAGUUCGAGGCAUACACGACUGACGUGGUCGCACACGGUGGCAGCAUGCUGGACCAAAUGAUGGCCCACGACGACAACAUCAAGAUUAAAACCACCAACCUGACCGUCCACAAGCGACGUCGGCCAUUCGCCCAGGGCGCUAUGCGUGUCGCCUCUUACGCUCGCUCCGACGCAUCGCGCAACCGACUAGUAGUCAAGUCUUACAAGCGCAGGGGCAAAAAGCUCGCACAUCUUCUCGGCGACAUGCGCUGCCAGGCUCUCUGCAAGGCCUUUGCUCUCGAAUUCAAUUCAAUGGUGUCGGAAAAGUACUCCCUCGACUUCAUUGUCGUCACCUCCCUCGCACCGAAGUCCGCACUCGGCGAUGCCGAAUCCUGCCUGUCGCUCGAGCCUCUAAUCGAUGGCGAGUACGUCAAGUACAACUCCAACGCCGGAUGGGUCAACCCAGACAACGCCUCUGAUCCCGUAUACAUGGCCGCCCAGGCCAUUUCCCACUUUACCUUUGAGCGCUCCCUCGGGCGCUUCCUCGUCAGCGACCUGCAGGGCGUGGGCCGCGUCCUGACCGAUCCCACCGUCCACAGCCAGGACCCAGAGCGCUUCCGGCUCACAGACACCAAUCUGCACCAGGAAGGCUUCUUGUUCUUCUUUUCGACACACAAGUGCAAUGCCCUCUGCGAGCAGCUCAAGCUCAAGAGCAACGGCGCAAUGGUCGUCGCGAAUCAAUACGACUUCAGGAAGAUCUGGCCCGACGACGUCGCGGCCACGAAUAUGAUGAUCUGCUGCUCCAAUAAGCUGUGCAGCAGGAUCAUCCGGGCAAGCAUAUGCAAGACUUCGGAAGAGUUCCCUGGGUACCGCUGGUGCGAAAAGUGCUGGCGCGAGCUCCAGCGGACAACGAAACAUGUUUGCCAUGCGCCCGGCCCCCUUCACGAAUUUGAAGUGUCUCGUUUCUUCUAUGAGUCUCAAGGUGACAUACUACCGCGACACUGCCCCAAGCAUAGGGGAGGCGCCAGUAGAGCCGUCGGCUCAAUUUCCAGCAGGCCGCGAGGCGGUCGCGAGUGUCGCUCCGGCUCGGGUUGCAUUGAUUUGAACUGCACGUUAAGUCAUCCCAGCUAA